AUGUCCGACAGCCCAGAUCUCCAUGAUGGCAGUGAAGCUGCCUCUCUGCUUGCAUCGAACCAAAAUGAUGCGGCCACACGAGAUGUUGUUCGUCGAGUGCCGCGGAAGAAUAUUUCUCGCCUCACUUUGUGUUGCCUAGCCUUAUUUUUUAUUGUGGAGAUGUUCAAUUUCGUCACAUAUGCUCCCCUCACAGUUCUGUUCGAGAAUGUGAUAUGCGAUGCUUACUACUCUAAGAGGUCGUCGACUCGGUCUGGUGGGUACUAUGAUUGUAAGAUCGAGCCUAUUCAGGGAGAUCUUGCACGCUUGAAGGGAUGGAAAGGGUUCUUCGAUACUCUACCAGUAUUCAUAGUAGCUUUUCCGUUAGGAAAAGCUUCAGAUACACUGGGUCGAAAAUUUGCUUUGGCAAGCAGCAUUGCUAGUGUCCUCGCGGGAUUUUUAUGGAUACUUCUUGUCGGUUAUAUUCCUUCAAUUUUCCCACUCAAAGCAAUAUGGCUAUCCGCCGUGAUGUAUUUGUUCGGUGGUGGAAUCUGUCAAGUUAAUGCCACAAUAAUACUCAUGACCGUUGAAGCAGCGGGGGAACGAUACCGUAGCCAGAUCAUGUACUACACUUACUCUUUAUAUCUUCUCGCUGAGCUGGUGGGUCCAGCCAUCGCCUCAUUUUCCAUCUCGACGUCAUUGUGGCUAUCGUUCCUUUUGGGAAUCACACUCCUCCUCAUGUGCCUGGCUUCAACAUUUUUCAUCCCUGAGACACGCCCUAGAACAGAGAGAAGACAUCCGGAAGACCCUCCGUCCUCGUCACGAGAUGCUUAUGGAGAACGUCGACAGUCCCAGCAUUGGGAAAGAAGCUCUGGCAUUCAAAUUCGGAACUCCAGAGCACUAAUGCGUCAUCGAAAUGUGCUCCUCGCUGCCCCGAUUUUCGUCGUUGGUCAAUUUCGACUUGCCACGCUUAACUUGCUCCUGCAAUAUGCCACCGUUAAAUUCCGCUGGACAUUCUCGAGCGCAGCACUGCUCAUAUCCGAAAUCGCAGCAGUCAAUCUAAUUAUACUCGGUCCUGUUCUUUCGUGGGUUCCAUCAAUACUUCAGCAUCGAUAUGGAUGGAGGACUCGAACUAUUGACCUUUGGAUUCUGCGUGGUAGUCUAGGUUUCUUAUCCAUAGGCGCAUUCAUGAUCGGAAUUGCGCCACGGACUGAUUGUCUUAUAUUCGGCGUUCUGAUCUUUAGCGCAGGAUUCGGCUGUCGAGCUUGCCUUCUCGCGUUAACUACCUCUUGGAUUGAUGAUAACUACCGAGGUCGUUUCUUCGGCAUCACCCAGAUCGUUGAGAAUAUUGGUUUGCUCAUUGCCGACCCCAUCAUACAGAACAUGUUUGCCGCUAGUCUUGGACUUUCUCGGGUUUGGAUAGGUAUCUCUUUUUGGUUCGUAUCCGUGAGUGUAAUCCGGACCUUCACUUUACGAUGA